AUGUUCAGCCUUUCGACAAGACAAACUCUCCUCCGCGGCACUCGUAUGCUGUCGACUUCGGCCGUGCGCAACGACCUGGCACGCAUGCAGGUGCUUGGUCGUCUUGCUGCCGACCCUGAGAUCAAGACCACCAAGAACGGCAAGGACUACGUGCGGUACACUGUUGCCACCUCGGACCCUCCCACUGGUCCCGUCGAGGAGGGCGAGCGUCCGGAAACCACCACGUCGUACCACCGAUUCUACGUGUUCGGCGACCGCGGCGUGGACAGGAUGAAGAACAUCAAGAAGGGCUACCGCGUGCUCGUGGAUGCCGAGUUCAGGAUCGAAAGGACCCCCGCCGAGGCCGACCAGCCCGCCCGCGACACGCUCCUCGCUCUGCACCGUGCUCAGAAGGCACAUUUCGCUCACGGCUUUCUUCCUCUUCCCAACUUCAUCGCAUCCGCUUGCUCCCUCACCAGCAGGCAUCUCCGAACCUCUUUCCUUUCACCAACACUACCAACCUACCUUCAUCGCGUCCAAGCCGACACUAUGGAUCGAAGCCUCUGCCCGCUCAGGCAGAUCCGCCAGGCCUGCCCCUACAUGGGCCGCGUUUCCAUGCCGCAGCUCCGACAGAUGUCCACCACGCUCCUCCACCCGGGUGGACCCACGCGCCUCGUCACCCAGGCCCAGCAGUGCCCCGUCAUGAGCCAGAGCCUCGCCAUCAAGGCCGAGCAGAACAGCGGCGCCGCCGCCAACACCUUCACCCCGACCUUUGGCGCUUCCGGCAGCUCCUUCCUCGCCAUGGCCGCCAAGCCCACCGCGGCUGCUGCUGCCGGCUGCCCCUUCUCGGCUCAGAUGAACGGUGGCGCCGCCCAGCAGGUUCGCCACUACGUCUCGCGCUCCGAGGCUGCCCGUGCCGCCGUCGCCCAGCCCGACGACAUCGAGCGCCUCCACGCCAAGGAGGGCAUCAAGCUCGACGACCAGGCCAACGUCGACAAGUGCCCCCACGCUCGCAAGCUUGCCGAGGCCGCCGCCGCCGCCACCGCCGCCGCUGCUGCCGGCGACUCGCUUCCCCAGCACCAGCGCCGGAAGAGCAUCAAGAAUAAGCAGGUGCGCACCCCUGGCUCCGGCCUCGGUAUGCACCCGGACCCCGAGCCGCACAACCGGCCCGGCUUCCACUACGAGCAGUUCUACCACGACCAGCUCCAGGCCAAGCAUGCCGACAAGUCCUACCGCUACUUUAACAACAUCAACCGUCUCGCCGGCAACGCUCCCAGGGGCCAUCUCUCCGCCGAGGCCGACGAGAUCACCGUGUGGUGCGCCAACGACUACCAGAACAUGAGCCGUCACCCCGCCGUGCUCCAGGCCAUGAAGGAGACGCUCGACAAGUAUGGCGCCGGUGCCGGUGGCACGCGCAACAUCGCCGGCCACAACCGACACGUCGAGACCGUCGAGCAGACGCUCGCACAGCUCCACCGCAAGGAUGCCGCGCUCGUCUUUGGCUCCUGCUAUGCCGCCAACGACGCCACGCUGACCAUCCUCGGUUCCAAGCUGCCCGAUUGCGUCAUCCUCUCCGACGCCUCCAACCACGCUUCCAUGAUCCAGGGCAUCAAGCACUCGGGCGCCAAAAAGGUCAUCUACAAGCACAACGACAUGCACGACCUCGAGGCCAAGCUCCAGGCGCUCCCGGUCGACGUGCCCAAGAUCAUCGCCUUUGAGUCGGUCUAUUCCAUGUGCGGCACCGUCGGACCCAUCGAGAAGACCAUCGAGCUCGCCGAAAAGUACGGCGCCAUCACCUUCUUGGACGAGGUGCAUGCCGUGGGCAUGUACGGCCCGCGUGGCGCCGGUGUCGCCGAGCAUCUCGACUGGGACGCGCAGGUCGCCCAGGGUCACAAGCCCGGCCUGCUCAAGGGCAGCGUGAUGGACCGCAUCGACAUCAUCACCGGCACGCUCGGCAAGGCGUACGGCAACGUCGGCGGCUACAUUGCCGGCUCGAACCGCUUUGUCGAUCUGAUCCGCUGCUUUGCGCCGCAGUUCAUCUUUUCCACCACGCUGCCGCCUGCGGUUCUGACGGGUGCCAACAAGGCGAUCGAGGUGCUGAUGCAGUCGAACGACUCGCGCAUCCUGCAGCAGCUGCGCACGCGCGAGACCAAGGACAAGCUCAUCGCCGCGGGCAUCCCGCUGCAGCACAAUCCGUCGCACAUUGUGCCCGUGCUCGUCGGCGAUGCGUCCAAGGCCAAGGCGGCCUCGGACAUGCUGCUCGAGGAGUUUGGCUGCUAUGUGCAGCCGAUCAACUUCCCUACGGUGGCGCGCGGCCUCGAGAGGCUGCGUGUCACGCCCACGCCCGGACACACGUCCGAGGAUGUGGACCACCUCGUGUACGCGCUCACCGAGAUCUGGAAGCAUCUGGGCCUGCGCACCGUCGCUGACCUGCGCGCCGCUCCCGAGGGCCAAGAUGCACUCGCCGACCUGUUCAAGGCGUCCGAGAAGACGGCGCGCGAGAACCCGCUCUGGACCGACAAGCUGCUCGGCCUCGACGAGCUCAAGGCGCAGGUGCAGGCCAAUGGCUUUGAGCGCCGCGCUGGCGUUCAGGUCGCUGACGCUGCUGCUGCCGCCCCGCGUGCCGGUGCGGCUGCCUGA